AAAAAAACGUAACCCCAAAAGUCACCAGCUGAUACGCAUCCAGUCCGCUGUGACGUCACGACCGGAUUCGCCUGGAUACCCUCGGCUGCGACUUACAAGAACGUAAACAAAUGCUCCGCGUUAUGGCUGAUUCCGAGGUCGCCAAGGCACUUCUUAGUGUCAUUGAGCGAGUAAAUGUCGCUACCAAGGCGAGAAAUCCCGAAAUUGCAGCCUUGUGCAAACAGCCCAGGCUAGUGGCAGUCAGCAAGACUAAACCAAAGGAAAUGAUUCUAGAAGCAUAUUCAGCAGGACAAAGACACUUUGGAGAGAAUUAUGUCCAAGAGUUGGUUGAGAAAGGACAUGAUGAAGAGAUAAUAGAGAAAUGUCCUGAGAUUAAAUGGCACAUGAUCGGACACCUGCAGAGCAAUAAAGUGAACAAGGUUAUUGGAAUUCCAAAUUUAGAAUGUGUUGAGACGGUUGACACAGCCAAGUUAGCAACAACGCUUAAUAAUGCUGUCCAGAAACACAACUUGGACAAAAAAUUAAAAGUGUUUGUUCAAGUUAAUACUAGUGGAGAAGAACAAAAGAGUGGUGUUCACCCUGACAAUGUUAAUGAGUUGGUGGACCACGUUACAAAGAAUUGUCCGCACCUGAACCUUCUUGGACUCAUGACCAUUGGGGCUUUUGACCAUGAUCUCUCUCAGGGACCAAAUCCAGAUUUCCAGACUUUGUUGAAAACCAGAGCUACAGUUUGUGAGACCCAGUGUAUAGAACCACAGGAUGUAGAAUUAUCUAUGGGGAUGUCAAAUGACUUUGAACAUGCUAUCCUAGUUGGAAGCACCAAUGUUCGAGUGGGCAGCACAAUCUUUGGAGCACGAAAUUAUAAGAAGUAAUAGUGAAUAGGAAAGCAAGAUUGUAUCAAGUUAUUUAUGCAAAUAGAUCAUACAAGAGAGAAUUAUGUAUAAAUUCUUUACUGGUUUUUGUCUUUUUCUGUAUAAAUGAUGUUGGCUUAUACUUUAAAUCAUGGAUACUUGAGUUUUUGUAAGUUUUGAUGCAUCACAAAGUAUGGUUGUACUAUAUUAAAUAGGGUUACCUUAUAAUGUAUAGAAAAAUAUAUAUAAUUUAUAUCAAGGCGAACAGUGUUCAUUGCAACAAAUGUAGAAAAGCUAAGAAUGAGAAUGAGUGAGUGCAAGAGAUGCAAUUGACUGGCUUCCGUCAUAUGUUUGUCAGAAAUGUAUGCAUUUGCUGACAAGAUAAUCAUAAAAUCAUAGCCUGUAACAUCUCUUGCACUGUGAAGAUAUUCUCUCUCAUUCAUACAUUUUCUACAUUUAUGUCAGGUACUUUUCUCUUGAAAGAAAAAUUUUUAGACUAUUAAUUUUUCUUUAAUAUUUAAACGAUAUAUAAAUGUUGGCAUUAACUGACAUCUAGAUAUUCUAGUAAUAGUGUAUGUUGGUUGUAAUGAAAUAAUGACUGUAGACAUUUUAAGUGUUUGUUCAGUUUUGCCCAGAUUGUUACAUAUAAUACUCUUUCAUAUCAAACUUAAUGAAAAUAGGUCUAAAAACAAAAUAUGGGAAAAUAUCGAGGGUGGUCUAUCACCUUUUAAAACUUUUGUAAGAUUAAAACUGUACCACAAAAUUUAGAUACCUAGGUAAUUUGCAUUUAAAUAUCCAAUCAUAAUAAUUAAAAAUAGUUAUUUGUCUGGUCAGAAAAGAAAGAAGAAAAAGAUUGAAGUAAUAUCACUAAUCUUACUGCAAGUGAGAGUAAGCAGCAAUGAAAAUAACUACUUUAAGGCACAAUGAGGAUGUCAUGUAACUCAUAUUUAUUCAUAAACUUGACCACGUUCUCAACACCGAGAUUCCGAAGGAGAUCAAGGUGCUAAAGUGGGUUUUUAUGAAAGGUUAUUUAUUUCUAAUAAAUGAAACCCUGGUA